AUGUCUCUAACCCCAAACUCCUUCUAUAUCGCUCUCUACAUCCGCACUGACCCACCAAUCCCAGACAACUUCCACUGGGCCCUUUACCUUCACCAUCACGAGACAGGAACAAAAUACCAUAUCACAAACGAAAGCACCGGCUGGAUCGCCGCGCAUGCUCCGGAAUCAGCCAUCUUAAACUCCUUCCUCUUGGUCGGCCUUAUCCGCAUCGCAGAUUUUCCUUCUUCUUCUCAGUCUGUCUUGAACGAAGUAGACCAGCUGAUACGCAGCUACGAUGACCGGGUCAAUGAUAUGGGGGUUACGUGUCGGACGUGGUUGUUGAAGGUGCUAGAGUUGCUGAGGAAGAGGGGUUUGCUGUGUGGGGGUAAGGUCUUGGAAAUGGGGGUUCUGGAGAGGGAGGUGAUGGAUUGGGGGAAUGCGGAGGCGGGGGAUGCUGUAAAUUACAGUCAGCUCCUUCUCCAAAACAAUCUAUACUGCAAUAACAUCCCGCCCUCAUGCCUAAAGAAGUAA